AUGAGCAGCUCCGUGCCCCCCACCUCGGCGACCGACUCGGUCCUUGUCGCCUCGGGUCCCGUCCCUGAAGGAGCACAGGAAGUGCGUGGCGUGGACUUUGAUCAGUUUCAUGGCCGGGAUAUCACAGUUGCUGAGAUGGUCGAGAACAUGACUCAUAUGGGCUUCCAAGGCAGUGCGGUUGCCGAGGCCGCUCGGAUCAUCAACGAGAUGCGAGCCUUCCGUCAUCCUGAAACCGGCGAAAAGACCACCGUCUUCCUCGGCUACACCUCCAACCUCAUUUCCUCCGGCCUCCGGGACACGCUUCGGUACCUCGUUAAGCACAAGCAUGUCUCGGCCAUAGUGACGACGGCAGGUGGUGUAGAGGAGGACUUGAUUAAAUGCCUGGCACCGACAUAUAUGGGCUCGUUUAGCACCCCGGGAGCCGGUCUGCGGGCCAAGGGCUUGAACCGGAUUGGUAAUCUGCUGGUCCCCAACAAUAACUACUGUGCCUUUGAGGACUGGGUGGUCCCCAUCCUGGACCGGAUGCUCGAGGAACAAGAGGCUGCCAAGCGUAAGGCUCGGGAGACGGGCGAUGAGGAGGACGAGCUGCACUGGACCCCCAGCCGCAUCACCGAGCGACUCGGUCGGGAGAUCAAUAAUGAGGAUUCGGUGCUCUACUGGGCGGCCCGUAACAACAUCCCGGUCUUCUGCCCCGCCUUGACGGAUGGCUCUCUGGGGGAUAUGCUCUACUUCCAUACCUUCAAGUCCUCCCCACAACGGCUACGGGUGGACAUUGUGGACGAUGUCCGCCGCAUCAACACCAUGGCCGUACGGGCCGCCCGCGCUGGAAUGAUCAUUCUGGGUGGCGGAGUGGUGAAGCACCAUAUUGCCAAUGCCUGUUUGAUGCGCAACGGGGCUGAGCAUGCCGUCUACGUGAAUACGGCGCAAGAGUUCGAUGGCAGUGAUGCCGGCGCUCGACCCGAUGAGGCCGUCAGCUGGGGCAAAAUCAAAGCCGAUGCCAGAGCCGUCAAGGUCUAUGCCGAAGCGACGGUGGCCUUCCCCCUCAUUGUCGCUGCUUCCUUUGCGAGAGCGGAGACCCCCUCGCAGACCCCCUCACAGAACUAA